AUGCCGAGGGGCUUCCUGGUAAAGCGAACUAAACGGACGGGCGGCUCAUACCGAGUGCGCCUAGCUGAGCGGGUCUUCCCGCUGCUGGGGCCCCAGGGGGCGCCGCCCUUCCCCGAGGAGGCUGCCAGUGCCCCCCAGCCCGGGGCGCAGCAGGUGGCAGCCCCCACCUUGGAGGAGGCGGCGGCGGCCGGCGAACUGUCGGGGUCGCCCUGUCGGGCGGCUAGGGUGAGCCCGGGGGAGGGCGGGCAGGAAGGUGAUGCGGAGUGGAGGGCGGAUGGUAGGGAGGGUCCCGGGCCCAGCCCCAGCCCCAGCCCCACGAAGCCGGCGGGCGCGGAGCUGCGCCGGGCAUUCCUGGAGCGCUGCCUCAGCUCACCCGUCUCUGCAGAGUCCUUCCCCGGGGGUGCCGCCGCGGUGGCUGCUUUCUCCUGCUCGGCGGCGCCAGCAGCUGCACCGACCUCGGGGGAGCAGUUCCUGCUGCCGAUCCGGGCGCCGUUCCCAGAGCCGGAGCUCCAUCCAGACCCCGCGCCCCUCUCGGCCGCCCUGCACGGCCUGAAGCGGGCUGCUGGCAACGAGCGCCGUGCCAAGGCACCUCCGGGCUGCACGUCUGGACCUGCGGCCGCCGGAGUCAAGAAGCCAAAGGCCAUGAGGAAGUUGAGCUUCGCCGAUGAAGUGACCACGUCCCCUGUCCUGGGCCUGAAGAUCAAGGAGGAGGAGCCCGGAGCGCCGUCCCGGGGCCCCGGGGGCAGCCGCACGCCACUCGGGGAGUUUAUCUGCCAGCUAUGCAAGGAGCAGUACGCAGACCCCUUCGCUCUGGCCCAGCACCGCUGCUCCCGCAUCGUACGCGUAGAGUACCGCUGUCCCGAGUGCGACAAGGUCUUCAGCUGCCCUGCGAACCUCGCCUCCCAUCGCCGCUGGCACAAACCGCGCCCCGCAGCGGCAAAUGCUGCCGCAGUCUCCUCAGCCGACGGGAAGCCGCCUCCUUCGUCUUCCUCGACCUCCCCAGACUCUGGGGCUGUUGCAUCUUUCCUGGCGGAGGGGAAGGAGAACAGCCGGGCAGAGCGAGCGGCGGAUCAGCACCUGCCGGCGAGGGACAGCUCCAGGGAGGCGCAGCACCAGGACAGCGCCCCACACCAGGGCCUCCAGGUGUUGUCCCAUCCCGAGCCAGCACUGCCUCAGGUCCCCCAUACGGAGGGGGUGUUAGGGCGCCGGGUGCCUGGGUCAGGUAGUGCCAGUGGUGUCGGGGGACCCGAGAUCUUCAUGUGCCCGUAUUGCCACAAAAAGUUCCGUCGCCAAGCCUAUCUGCGCAAGCACCUAGGCACUCACGAGGCAGGCGCCGCUCGUGCGCUUGCCCCGGGCUUUGGCUCUGAACACGGCGCCCCACUGGCCUUCGCUUGCCCCCUGUGCGGGGCGCACUUCCCGUCCGCAGACAUCAGGGACAAGCACCGGCUGUGGCACGCGCUCCGCGAGGAGCUGCUCCUGCCUGCUCUGGCCGGGGCGCCCGCUGAAGCGCCGGGCCCAGGCGGAGCGUCCGACGGGAGUGCUCAGCAAAUUUUCUCGUGCAAGCACUGCCCUUCCACCUUUUUUAGCUCCCCGGGGCUGACCCGGCACAUAAAUAAGUGCCACCCCUCAGAAAGUCGGCAGGUACUGCUGCUGCAGAUGCCGUUGCGGCCUGGCUGUUGA